UGAUCUACAUCCGGGUCACUUGUUGGUAAGGACAGUCGAGUUGUGAAUACUUGUUUUGCUUUGUCAAUAUCAGGGGUUAACCCUGAGACUUUUACCUUUAUUUCGGAUUCUGUAGGUGGGCGUCGUCGUCCCCUCCCCCAGUAGCUGACAGCCAUGUCUGACACAAAGGAAGACAAGGGGGAUGAUGAGAAGGUGUAUGGGGGAUGCGAGGGACCCGAUGCCAUGUAUGUCAAGUUAAUCUCAUCGGACGGACACGAGUUCAUUGUCAAGCGAGAUCACGCCCUCACAUCCGGAACGAUCAAGGCUAUGUUAAGCGGACCUGGUCAGUUUUCAGAAAAUGAGACGAAUGAGAUUAAUUUUAGAGAAAUACCGUCACAUGUCCUACAGAAAGUGUGUAUGUACUUCACCUACAAAGUCCGGUACACCAACAGCUCGACAGAGAUCCCAGAGUUUCCCAUUGCACCGGAAAUAGCACUUGAGCUACUCAUGGCUGCCAAUUUCCUCGACUGUUGAACUUUUGUUUUCCAUAGAAAUUUGCCAAUUUUUUUUUUCAAUAAUCAUUACAUAUUAAUUAUUAUUCUCAUUGUGCUAGAGGAAACUAUUUGGUGUUUAACUGGAAAGUGUUUUAGUUUUUCAUACGUGUAUCUUGGCUUUCAACUGCUCCCAGUUCGAGCGUUAUGCAAAGUGCUUUGCCUCAUCAGAGAAGGCAAGCAGUGGGGCGUUUUUGCUAUGAAGAUGGAUUAUAUAUAUUGAUAAUAUUAAUAUCGAACGUUUCCCAAUGCAUGGAGAGGAAGAGAAGAGGAAAGGCUUUUUCGGGGAAGCUGAAUGUGUGAAAGAUGCGAAAGUGAAGCAGUGGUAAUUACACUCCUAGCCGGAUAUUUGCACAAGUACCUCACAUAAACCUUUCAAAUUGCAAGUAAUAACAUGCUUUGAUGGCACCUUGAAUAACGUAAUACCUGUUACAUCUGUACCAUCUAGGAUAUAUCAUAGUUCCUCGAAUACAUGUAUAUCCAAUCCAGCAUAUGGAGAACACUUGUUUUUAAAAAAUGUGUACUUUUGUUCUGCUUUAACAUCCCCCAGGGUAUGUCAGAGCACACACUGCAGAAGGGAAAUAGGUUUUAUACAUAAAGACACCUUUGUGGCGCUCUGUCAAUGUGAAGUAAUCCAGCGUUAUCCGUAGAGUAUGAACCUUAAAGCAUGAACUUUGCUUGUUGUACCUGGAAAAAAUAUUUUUUGUUUUAGUCGUUCCUUGCGACACUACCUAGCACAGAUUCUACUACCAUGCUUGAUCUAUAGGUCACUUAAUGGGUAUGAGACAGUGACUUGUUUUUGUACAUUUAUUCUAUUGAAGUUUUGUUAUUUGAUCCAAAUUGACCCCAAGAUCGAUAUCAGAGUCUCAUUGAGAAUCCAUAUUUGGUCUAAAGGGCAUUCAUUAUCCCAGCUCUUCAACUAAUGUUGGUACAUUUACAAACUAUAGAGUGUCUUAAUAAAUAUGUCCUGACAGUGUUGUCGUAACA